UGUCGUCGUAACAACUCUUUUUUCCGUUUGUUUUUACAAAGUUUUAUUUAUGUCUUUCGUCCCCAAUUCCGGACCAAAUCCUUUAAAUUCUAAUGGCAAAAACGUCUUAAAUCCGGUUAAAGAGUGAAAUAAUCCGCAAAAAUUACUUUCUUCGGUCCAUCUUUCGGCUCCCAUAAAAAAAAAUAGUUUUACGGAAAAAUCUUAUCUUAUCUCUCACACACACGAGCUUUGGCCUAAUAAUUUAUGAGUCACUAGCCCACAUAACGACAUGUUAAAGCCAAAACAUUAAAAUAAUAAAGUAGAGAAUGAAAGUGAAUUCACGCAGCAAGAAUUAAUUUAUUCAGUGACUAGUGACACAAAAAUGAGGAAAAUUUACAUUUUCUUAGUGACGACGACGACGUUGUUGUUGGGAAUUAUUCAGCAGACAGUCGGGUACUCGUGCCCCGUGGAGUGUCAAUGUACCAUAGAUGUCCAUGACUUUUUCGUCGAUUGUUCGAAUCGGGGAUUAACGGAGUUGCCGUCGUUCGACUACACAAAAGUUCACUACCUGGACCUCUCGUACAACAAAUUCACCAAAUUCCCUCUCGCCCUGCGACGCUUGGAAGGUCUUGACUAUUUGGACAUCUCCUACAACUACAUCCAUCAUCUCCCAAAAGACGCGUUAAAUGGCCUCAACUCCCUCAAAGUGCUCGAUUUAAGUUUCAACAACAUCACAAACUGGGCCGACAUCAAUCCAAACUUUGUCUUAUUACCGGCUGUGGAGCUACACAAAUUAUCUCUUGCUGGCAAUCAACUCUCAUCAAUGACGAGUUUCGAUGAAAAUUUACUCUUGAUCAGCAAAAGUCUCGCAUUUUUGGACUUGAGCAAGAACCAAAUCUCAAAAAUCACCGGCGACUACAUCUUUGGCGGGCUCAAAAGACUCGAAAAGGUCAGUUUUCGCGGAAAUCCGGUUGUAAUGAUGACAGAUUUGGUCUCUGACAGUUUGGAGGAAGUUGAUUUGAGCAAUUGCAAGUUGGAAAAUCUCGCGCCAACGACUUUUGUGAAGCUGGGAAAGUUAAAAACGUUGAAUUUGAGUCAUAAUUCACGACUUACCUUGAACGAAGUGUCUUCCAUGUCAGUUAACAAGCUUGAUGUGUCGUUUUGUAACAUGGAUAAAAUCAUUUUGGAAGGAUUUCCGAACCUAACAAGUGCUUUUUUGGGUUAUAACAUGCUAAAUUACCUCAGUAGAGACCUUUUUAUGUACAAUCCACGCUUGGAAGUCGUUGAUUUCACCGCAAAUUCCAUUUCUCACGUCAAUGUUGACGUCUUCAAGCAAGUUCCGAACCUUCGAGAGCUCGAUCUUUCGUAUAAUUCCAUCUCCAACAUCGAUCGGGACUUGUUCAAAGCUAAUCCGCAGCUCCUGUCACUCAAUUUGGCGCAAAAUUUCUUCCAAAAAUUCAUCAGAAUCGGCUCCAAGUCACUUUUUAAGCUUAAUGUGAGUGGCUGUGAGAUCACCCAUUUGGAACGUGACACAAUCGGAGCUCUUCCACGUCUCAACGAACUCGAUCUCUCGCAUAAUUUACUCUCCGAACUGCCACCGUACCUCCAAUCGACCAGUUUACAAAAUCUCCAUUUGCAAAAUAAUCGCUUGAUGAAAAUUACGAAUUUGACAUUUUACCACGUGCCGGAAUUAACGAAGCUAAAUUUGGCGGGAAAUCGUUUAACGAGCACUUUGCGACGAGAUAUGUUCUCGCAAAAUAGAUUUUUGCAGAAAAUGCGUCUCGGCGACAAUCCCUGGAUUUGUGACUGUUCCAAACCGGAAUUUUUCGAUUUUUAUCAAUUUUUGACAGAACCUCCGGUGAAAAUAAGCGAUCGGAAUAACGUUAAAUGCUCAAGUCCCGAAGAUGCGUAUGGCCAAUAUUGGGAAACUGCGUGUUUUAUGAAAUGGUACCCGAACGAUCGGAAAUUUGGGUUAACGGAGAGGAUUUGGAUUGCAGUAAUGGUGGCUGUGAUAGUAUGCACCGGCUUAUAUUGUCUCUAUAAAACCAUUCAACGAGGAAUAAAAGGACGAGAAUUGACCCGGAGAGAACGUGAAAGACAAGAAAAUAUUUCAGAAGCGGAAGAAAUUGCCCGUCAAGCUCGAAUUCGGAUGCAGCAAGAGGCCUUAUUGAAUGCUCCAGACCCGAGAGAUCAUAAUCCGCCCGGGUAUGAAGAGGCAAUUCGCAUGCCAAAACCAAUUUUUGCCUCUUUGGAUGAACUUUCGACACGUCGAAGUAGGAGAAAACGUCGCGCUCGGAAACAGGACGGAGAUGAGGAGCAAGAAGAGGUCACGGAAACAUCUCUCAGGGGGCAUCGUUUUCGCAGUGAAGAGGUUCUUUCACCUCGCAUGUCCCGUCUCCCGCCCCGCAUGCACCCCUUCGAGAUGGAAGCCUUGGAACGGACUCGAGAACUUGAAGAUAUCAUCAAUUUCAUUCCCCGACCCUUGGAUGAAAUCGAAGAAUUCCGUCAAUUUGACAGCCAAACCGCCUCGCCAUACACCAAACGUCGCGGCGAAGACCACCGACGGGCAUCUCCCUUCAACAGACGUGACCAAAAUCGCGCCAAUAAACACAAAGCCAACAAAAUUGCGUCACUCGAGGAGCUCCAUCCCGAUUCCGGGUCGAUUGAAGUCAUCAUUCGAGAACCGUCGGUGGAUACGUUGCCCGGCCCGAGCAUGACACAAGAUGCCAGCAAAUGCCUUGAAGACGAAAUCCGUAAUUUAGACGAGCAAUUAGAAGCUCUUGAAGCGGAAAGCAAAAAACAACAACUGAUGGGGGAGGGUAUUAGCAUCCAAACACUGCCAAGCACGCAAAGCAGUAGCAACAAUGACAUUGAAGUCAUAGGCAGCGAAGACAUCGUCGCAGUGGACGUCGUCGCUACGGACAAUAAAAAUAAACGAUAAGCCUUCGUAAAAAUUAUAUUUCUUCUCCAUUAAUUUAACGUUAAUUCUGGAAAAUUUAUUUUACUUUUUCCAGUCGCUUCGCUUUAUAAUAAAUAUUAGUUGGUAAUAAACGUUUUAAUUACAUCGCCGCCUUGCCACUGUGGAAAAUUCCUGUUUCGCAAAAAAUAUUCGAAUUUAAU